AACUGUUGUCUGCUGCAUUUUUUUACAAUCGAGCACACAAAAUGGAGGCCCAAGAUGAUCCAGUCGAGAAAGAGAUCAAUGUGUAUUUAACAAAGAAUCUUUCAAAGAACUUGUAUAUACUACAGUACCCUGUUCGGCCAAGUUAUAUGACCUAUGACAAUGUGGAACUACUGUCCGGCAAAGUUAAGCCCACACAAAACAAGUUAGAGCUAGAAGUAGCUCUAAACACAGGCAGCAAACAUUAUUCCAAGAGUAAGGGCGAGCAGUUUGCUUUGAAUGUAGAUGGACGUGACCCAGAGCAAGGGGCGUCUUUCUACGGCAGCAACAGAAUGGAUAAACAGGUCCUGUCUUCCCAUCCGGCGGGAGUCCAGACUGGCAGAUAUGCAGUGGGUUAUUACAAGUCUGGCGAGUUAUACCUCAGCCCCAUACAUACCCAAGUACAGAUGCGACCCAGUUUCAGCUACCUCGAUAAGUCAGACAGCAGAGUGGACGCAAAACUAGCUGCACAAGAAAACGGAGAUUCCUCCCAAGAUGAGGCAGAGGAAGAGGUUCGUGCGGUGACUGUAAAAUUUUCCCGCCCUGAAUCUGACGCUGCCAAGGCCCGCAGGCUGGCAUCAUUCUCACAUAAACAGAAGAUGCAGGAUGAGGAACAAUGGAUUCCACUGGAAUACCAUAACACUUAUAGCCAGACAUCUGAUCGCGAUCUACAGCAGUUGUAUGUUGAUGCGAAGGAGCCAAGUACAGAAUUCCAUGUGGAGGCUGGGGACUAUCUCAAGAUGCUUAUGUCACAGGAGAACCAGAUACAUAGUGAGAAGCCUGCAAUGCCCAGCAAUGUUUUGUCCCUGACUCAACUGAAAUCCAUGCCUCUAGCUGACCAGGUCAAGGCACUUCUAACAAAUGCUAAGGUGAUCCGGUUCAACCAGUUACUGCACCUACUGCCCCAGGGUACGGACCAGCAGGCCACAUUAAGGGCUCUACAGAUUGUGGCUGUAAUGGUGCAGGGUUGCUGGGUUGUUAAAAGUGAGGUGCUUUAUCCCAAAGAUGGCUGCAGUCCAAACAGUGGAAUAUCAUCAGAUCUUCUCUGCAGGGGCCGAGACUUUGUGAUGUGGCGAUUCACGCAGUCCCGUUUUGUGACGAGAAAGGAGAUUGCUGCAAUAGUGAAACUACCCAGUGAAGACGUUAAAGACAUUCUUGAACAGAUGUCACAUAUACGCUUCAAUCAGGGCUGGGAGUUUAUCUUCCCACAUGACUAUGAGUUUACGGAUAGGUUUCCGGAGGUAAUUGAGCGCCAGGUGAUGUUGUGGGACUGUAAAUAUAAAAGCCUCAGCAAACAGCUCAACAUCUCCGAGGCACAGGAGAAAAAAAUCAGAGAAUUAGCAGCAGCAGAAGCCCUAGCUGAGCAACCUAGAAGACGCAGGACAUCAUCUAGAACUCGCAAACGUACGCUGAGUGGUCGAUCUAUAUCAGACCACAGUGAUAUGGAGACCGAUGUCUCCGACAUAGACAACAUUCUUGCUCAUCAGGGAAAAUCACGCACUCAUGAACAAAGUGAUAACAAAAAUGACAACAGUGUGUUCAAUGGUGCUACAAUGGAAAUAACCGGAGAACCUGAUAUAAAUGGUGCAAAUGGUGGGGAAGGGGGUAGGGAUUUUCACGCAACACUUGAGGAGUUUAUAAAAGAUUUUUUCUUCACUCGAUAUGUUGUAUCAAUGAGUGAAUUGACACAUUUGUUAAAUGUGAAACUAGCUGAGGGUCCACCAGGGCACCCACUUGCUACGGGAGUCACGGAGAAGGACUGCGAACAAACUGUGAUAAACAUCGGAGGUAUAGCUCUCAAAUCAAAGUGGCAAAAUGAAGCUAUCUUUUUACAUGUCAAGACAGAGGACGACACAGAACCACUCCGCCUUGCUAUAGUAGACAUUCUACAACAGAAGCCAAAGUUUGUAAGGUCAACCUUCAACAACAAAGUAAAGUCCAUGAAUAUUGAAGCUUCUGAAUCAGUUAUGAGAACUGUUUUAAGGGACUACUGCGUCAACAGGAGCGGUUCAUGGGUUGUCAAGUGCAUGGCUGACACACCUUGAUUGUGAUUCCUGCUUUGUUAUACAGAGCAGUGGUUUUAUUGAUUUCAUGUUGAUUUUGUAAAUGCCAUUUUGCGAAUAAACUGUUAAAUUAUGA